AAUAAACAAACAAAUCGUCUUAAUUCCCCUGCUUUAUAAUACGCAAAAUAAUGUUAACCCAACCUUCUAUAUAAACCUCUGCUUUGUUCUUCAUUUUCCUCCAUACCUAAAGCUCGACGAGAAAGGAGAAAAACAAGAAAGAAAAAGGGGCAAGAAAGAGUAGUUUGUUUUAGUUUUCGUUGCCAUGGAAAAAGCGCAAACACCCCAUAUAGCCAUUGUGCCAAGCCCUGGGAUGGGUCACCUCAUUCCCCUCGUUGAGUUCGCCAAGCGACUCGUCCACCAAUACAACCUCACUGUCACCUUUGUUAUCCCAACCGAUGAUUCACCAACUAAAGCUCAAAAAUCAACACUUGAUUCUCUUCCAAGUUCGAUAGAUUCUGUUUUUCUUCCUCGUGUUGACUUGAGUGACUUCCCUGAGGAUUCAAAAAUUGAAACGCUGAUUUCUUUAACGGUGGCUCGCUCCGUUUCUUUCCUUCGGGAAGCUUUGAAGUCGCUGGUUGCAAAGACCAAACUUGUUGCUUUGGUGGUUGAUCUUUUUGGGACUGACGCAUUUGAUGUUGCUAGAGAAUUUAACGUCUCGCCGUACAUAUUUUUCCCUUCAACAGCCAUGGCCUUGUCUCUGUUUUUUCACCUGCCAAAGCUUGAUCAAAUGGUUUCAUGUGAGUACAGGGACCUGCCAGAACCGGUGACAAUACCAGGUUGCAUACCAAUUCACGGGAAAGAAUUGCUGGACCCAGUUCAAGACAGGAAAAACGAUGCUUACAAGUGGCUUCUUCAUCAUACAAAGAGGUAUAGAUUGGCUGAAGGAAUUAUCGUGAACAGUUUCGCGGACUUGGAAGCAGGACCAAUAAAAGCUUUGCAGGAAAAAGAAUCCGGUAAGCCACCGGUUUACCCGGUUGGUCCACUUGUUAACGUUGAUCCGAGUAGUAAAGCUGAUGGGUCGGAUUGUCUGAAGUGGCUGGAUGAUCAGCCACAUGGGUCGGUUUUGUAUGUCUCGUUUGGGAGCGGUGGGACCCUGUCUUAUGACCAAAUAAAUGAGUUGGCUCUGGGAUUGGAAAUGAGUGAGCAACGAUUUUUGUGGGUUGUGAGAAGCCCAAAUGAUAAGGUUGCUAACGCCACAUUUUUCAGUGUAGGGAGUCAGAAGGACCCUUUUGAUUUUCUACCGAAGGGCUUUUUGGAGAGGACCAAAGGAAGGGGUCUAGUGGUGCCAUCGUGGGCACCACAGGCUCAAGUGCUGAGCCACGGUUCUACAGGAGGGUUUUUGACCCACUGUGGAUGGAAUUCAACUCUUGAAAGUGUUGUUAAUGGGGUGCCUUUAAUCGCAUGGCCACUUUACGCUGAGCAAAAAAUGAAUGCCGUGAUGCUAACUGAGGAUAUUAAAGUUGCAUUGAGACCAAAACCCAAUGAAAACGGCUUGGUUUGCAGAGACGAGAUUGCAAAGGCUGUUAAGGGUCUAAUGGAAGGUGAAGAAGGGAAAGGUGUUCGAAAUAGAAUCAAAGACCUGAAAGAAGCUGCCGCAAAGGUACUUGGUGAAAAUGGGUCUUCCACCAAGGCACUCUCUGAGGUUGUUACUAAGUGGAGGAAUCAGACAGGCAUCUAGAAAAUUAGUAUAAUUUAAACUUUAUGUUCUACAUUUCUUUUACCAUUUUCCUGUAUAUGUUCUAGGCGAUCUGGUUGUAACAACAGUUAGCAUAUGUGGUUGACUGCUAGAAGUGGCUGAUAUACAGAGAGUAAUUAGUUUGCUUUCUUGGGA